AAAACCCAUCAGCACGCCUAUUUAGUGAUCCUCCCUCUGCUCUCGUUUUCCUCUCUCUUUUUCUUCCUUUUUCUCCCCCAGAAAAAAAAUCUCAGAUUGAACAGAAAUAAGGGGGGAAGAAGGGGAGAUUUUUUUUAUUCGUUUGUCUUUAGCGAAGAAGAAGGUUGAAGCCAUGGUGGAAACGAGGCGGAGUUCAGUUUCUGCUUCUAAUAACAAGAGGCUUUCUUCAUCUACUCCUCCUUCUUCUCCCAGGACCUCGAAGCGCUCCAAGGCGGCGGCUGCGGCGGUAUCGAAGGAGGAAUGGGAUCAGAAGAAGGAGAUUCUAGUUCCGGCAGAGCCGCGAAAUCUUGCGGCCGAUGCGGCGACGGUCGAUCCUCCGAAAGAUGCCGGCGAUGUUGGUCCCGCAGAUAAGGAGGAAGCCGGGGAGCUGCCGGAGUCUUCUGCUCAAGAUCAGUAUAUAAAUCAGUUGAUUUUGCCGCUAAAUCGACGGAAGCAGAAGCGUUCGGCAAAGGCACAGCCUGAUAUGGGGAUUCCAUGGGGCAAGCUUCUUUCGCAGUCUUCUGAGAAUCCCCAUCUUCCUAUACGCGGUCCACAAUUCACUGUUGGUUGUAGCCGAAACUGCGAUUUGCGACUUAAGGAUCCGACUAUCAGCACAAUUCUUUGCAAACUGAAGCUUGAAGAGCAAGCUGGCACAUCAACUGCUUCACUUGAAAUUUUGGGAAAAGGAGUGGUACAAGUUAAUGGAAAGAUCAUGGAGAGAAAUUCCCAUAUCAAUCUCACAGCGGGGGAUGAGGUUGUUUUUAGUUCAUCAGGGAAGCAUGCUUAUAUUUUUCAACAACUUGCCAAUACAACUGCCCAUGUUUUGCCUUCUUGCCAUAGCAUUGCAGAAGCAGAGGAUGAAUCUGCUAAAGAAAUUACUUCUGACACUGGAUCGGGGGACCAAUCAGCUGAUGAUGAAGCAUCAUUAUUGGCGUCCUUUUCAAAUCUUAGCAAAGACGUGCCACUUCUUACACCUCAGCCACCCAACGGGUCAUCCGCUCCUGAAUUGGAUUUGAGUAGGAGUGUCUAUAAACUGUUUGAAGAUCCCAGAGACGCUCUCAAGGAAAUUGCUUCUACAUCAAUUCUGCCUUCCGCGAAGUGUCAAGCUUUUAAGGACAACUUGAAGAAAGGGAUUCUUAAUGCUAGUGAUUUAGAAGUUUCCUUUGAAUCUUUUCCCUAUUAUUUAAGUGAGAUUACAAAGAAUGUCCUUUUGUCAUGUGCUUAUGUACAUUUGGAAUGCAAGAUGAAGUUUGCCCCAGAGAUUUCUUCUUUAAGCCAUCGCAUACUUUUAUCUGGUCCCACAGGAUCUGAAAUCUAUCAAGAAACUCUGAUAAAAGCACUUGCUAAACAGUUUGGUGCUAAAUUGAUGAUGAUCGAUUCUCUUCUUCUACCUGGUGGUACAUCAUUGAAGGAGGUAGAGUUGUUAAAAGAAGGCACAAAGACAGAAAAACCAGAGAAACCACACAUCUUCUCUAAGCAACAAAUUGCAUUGGUUGAUUCACAUCGUAAGAGGCCUGCUUCUAGCGUUGAGGCUGAUAUUGUUGGCACGUCUAACUCACAGUCGUUACCAAAGCAGGAGGCAUCAACAGCAUCAUCAAAACCUUACGCGUUUAAAGAAGGUGAUAGGGUAAGAUAUGUCGGUUCAUUUCAGUCAACGGGAUUUCCAGUUCAGACUCAGAGGCACUCUCUGGCUCGGUUCAAACACAAUAAAUCCUCUGGCUGGAUGCACUACCUAAAUAAGUCAAAGGAGAGAGGUCCAAGUUAUGGCUACCGAGGAAAAGUUCUCCUUGCAUUUGAAGAAAAUGGUUUCUCAAAGGUUGGAGUCAGAUUUGAUAAACAAAUUCCUGACGGCAAUGACCUUGGUGGAUUGUGCGAAGAAGAUCAUGGUUUCUUUUGCUCAGCUGAUUUGCUUCGACCUGACUAUCCUUACGAGGAUUCUGAAAGAUUCGCUAUUAAUGAGCUGACAGAGGUUGUUUCUGAAGAAAGUAAAUCUGGUCCUCUGAUAGUAUUUCUCAAAGACAUAGAGAAAUCUAUGGUUGGAAGUACAGAGUCAUACUUAAUGUUAAAAGGAAAGCUUGAUUCAUUGCCUGCUGGUACUCUCGUCAUCGCCUCUCAUACUCAGGGCGAUACCCGCAAAGAAAAGGCGCAUCCUGGUGGUCUUCUAUUUACAAAAUUUGGAAGCAGUCAAACAGCACUACUUGACUUUGCUUUCCCGGAUAAUUUGAGUAGGCUGCAUGACAAAGGCAAGGAAAUUCCCAAGACAAUGAAACAUCUAAGCAAGCUUUUCCCGAAUAAAGUGACAAUCCAGUUACCACAGGAUGAAACCCAACUUGAAGAUUGGAAAAAUCUUUUGGACCGCGAUGUUGAAACUCUUAAAGCCAAAGCCAAUACUUUGAGCAUUCAAUCUUUUCUAGACCGGAGUGGACUCGGAUGUACUGAUCUUGAAACAAUAUGCAUAAAAGAUCAGACACUUACUAAUGAAACUGUUGAUAAAAUAAUUGGUUUUGCUUUAAGUUAUCACCUUAAGCACAACAAGUCUGAAGCAUUGUCCAAGGAUUCUAAACUUAUAUUAUCUGGUGAAAGCGUUAAGCAUGGAUUUGAUAUGCUCCAAAGCAUCCAAAGUGAUACCAAGAGUUCAAAGAAAUCCCUCAAGGAUGUGGUUACCGACAAUGAGUUUGAGAAGAGGCUUCUAGUUGAUGUGAUUGCAUCUAACGAGAUUGGAGUUACAUUUGAUGACAUUGGGGCUUUAGAAAAUGUAAAGGACACGCUGAAGGAGUUGGUGAUGCUUCCACUGCAAAGACCAGAGUUAUUUUGUAAAGGACAACUGACAAAGCCUUGCAAAGGGAUAUUACUUUUUGGUCCUCCCGGUACGGGAAAAACAAUGCUUGCUAAAGCAGUCGCAACAGAGGCGGGUGCAAACUUCAUCAAUAUAUCAAUGUCGAGCAUCACUUCAAAGUGGUUUGGUGAAGGGGAAAAAUAUGUCAAAGCUGUUUUCUCAUUGGCGAGUAAAAUUGCCCCCAGUGUCAUUUUUGUAGACGAGGUUGACAGUAUGUUGGGUAGAAGAGAAAAUCCCGGAGAACAUGAAGCCAUGCGCAAGAUGAAAAAUGAAUUUAUGGUGAACUGGGAUGGCCUCCGUACAAAAGAUAAAGAGCGUGUGUUGGUCCUUGCUGCAACAAAUAGGCCUUUUGAUCUUGAUGAAGCUGUCAUUAGGAGGCUUCCCCGAAGGUUAAUGGUUAACUUGCCAGAUUCAUCGAAUAGAGAAAAGAUUCUUAAGGUGAUUCUUGCUAAAGAAGACUUGCCUCCUGAUGUCAGUCUGGAAGCAAUUGCAAAUAUGACGGAUGGAUACUCAGGAAGUGACUUAAAGAAUCUAUGUGUUACUGCGGCACACUGUCCCAUUAGAGAGAUUUUGGAAAAGGAAAAGAAGGAGAGGAGCUUGGCACUAGCAGAAGAUAGACCGCUACCUCCAUUGCGUUGUAGUGAUGACAUCCGUCCUCUUAACAUCGACGACUUCAAAUAUGCUCACGAACAGGUUUGCGCAAGUGUAUCAUCAGAAUCGACAAAUAUGAAUGAGCUCCUGCAGUGGAAUGAUCUCUAUGGUGAAGGUGGAUCAAGGAAGAAGAAAGCACUCAGCUAUUUCAUGUAAGCAUAAACAUUUUUAUGAGUGUACAGCUCUCUCUUUCUUUAUUUCAACCCAGCAAAGCUUGGGAGGAUUGGUGGCGGAUGUAGAUGAUGAUGGUGCCUUUUGAAGUUGCUCGGUAUAUAUGAAAUCAUAUUCAUGUUGAGUCAUUUGGUCAAUCUUUAUAUCAAAUUUAACUUAUGUGGGAAUAUUCAGACCGGUUGCAUUAAGUUACUUUAAUUUAUUCUAGUUUGUUUUGUACUUUUAUCAUCUGUAAACUGGCACUCCCUGUAUGUACAUGCCAACAUCAUUAUCAUUGCCACAGGAGAAUUAUUUGUGGUUAUAUUGUCCCAGUCGAUCGCAUAUUUGUUAUCGCUUGUUAAUAGAUCGAUAUAUGACUCGGUGUAUUAAUUGCAGAAAUGGACUGUGGCCUUGACAUGAA